AAUGGCUUCUGCCCGCUUGGGUUCUGGAGUCUGCUACUCCAGAACCUAUGGGCUCCUCUUGCAGAUCCUCACCAUUCGCAUCCCUUCUCAUCCACAUUCCUGUGGUGCCUGUGCCUCUUCUGUGUCCCUAGCCCUCUUUACCCCAAGCCCCCAGCUCCACUGUGCCAGCAGCUCCUCUGCGCCCCCAACGCUUAUCGGUGCACAGACCGAAGCUCCAGUCCCUGGGGUGUGCACAGCCAGAGUCUUCCGAGAUCUCUGCCCGCAUCCAAGCAGGCGCAACAGAAAGAUUCCUCUCCCGCUAGUGUUCCAGGAUCGGCUGCUCUGUCUUGCGGACUUUCCAGGACAGGGUGCCCAGGGAAGCAUUUUUUCGACUCAGAAGGUGAAGAAGGCAUCACACACGCACCCCUCAUCCGUCAGCACCCAGAACACGGCCGCUGCACACCCGGGUCCCAGCACUCGUUCCUGCUCUUCUCAGGCUCACGUUCAGCUCUUUCGCUUGGGACAUUCUCCCAGAGACCUCAGGAGUGACUACGAAAGCGGUGGCAAUUUCAUGAGCCGGGGAAGCUAGCAUGGCCUGGAGAGGACAGGAUUCGAGUCGUCAGUGCGGGGGGGGGGGGCUCCAGAGCUAACCCCUAGGUUCCAACGACCAGCGGGGUUCAGAAUUAGGGCGGGCAGAGCCCAAAGGUAUUAGGCAGGUGAGGAAGCUACAACCCGGACGAGCUACCAAAGGUGCCACGAGAGAAUAACUGGCGGCCCCGGCAGCCAAUAGGAUCCCAGGACAGGGCAGGCCUGCCCUAUUCCCCCAGCCGCGCCGAGCGUGGGCGGGGUCCUUAGCUGGUGCUGUGUCUCGCGCCCGGCAGCGGGCGACGAGAGCGCGGAGGCACAAGCGAGCAGGGUGCCCAGAGAAACUUUUUUUUUCCUGACACACCUACUCCAGCCCUGCAGAGAAAGCUCAGGGAUCCUGGAACACCCAGAGCCGACCCUUGGAGGACUAGCAGACCCCAUGUGGAUCUGUAGGGCUCUGCUGCAGCCUCACCACCAUGGCACGUGGCUUUACAGUGGGCUUUGACCCUCUGGGGCUAGGAGAACUCAGCUCUGGCUCCCUGAGCUCCCUCUCCUCCCGAGGCCACCUGGGCAGCGACUCAGGCGCCACAGCAACACGAUACCUGCUGAGGAAGCAGCAGCGCCUGCUGAAUGGGCCCCCCCGCGGAAUCCGAGCCUCGUCACCCAUGGGCCGAGUCAUUCUCAUCAACUCCCCCAUCGAAGCCAACAGCGAUGAAAGCGACAUCAUCCACGCGGUUCGGGUGGAGAAGAGUCCCUCUGGGAGACUGGGUUUCAGCGUGAGGGGUGGCUCUGAGCAUGGCCUGGGCAUCUUUGUCAGCAAGGUGGAGGAGGGGAGCAGCGCAGAGCGGGCUGGCCUGUGUGUGGGGGACAAGAUCACGGAGGUGAACGGGCUGAGUCUGGAAAGCACCACGAUGGGCAGCGCCGUGAGGCUGUUGACCAGUAGCAGCUGCCUGCACAUGAUGGUGCGGCGCAUGGGCCGCGUGCCUGGCAUCAAGUUCUCCAAGGAGAAGACCACGUGGGUGGACGUGGUGAACCGGAGGCUGGUGGUGGAGAAGUGCGGCUCGACGCCGUCGGACCGCAGCUCGGAGGACGGCGCGCGGCGCAUCGUCCACCUCUACACAACCUCCGACGACUUCUGCCUGGGCUUCAACAUCCGCGGGGGCAAGGAGUUUGGCCUGGGCAUCUAUGUGUCCAAAGUGGACCGUGGUGGGCUGGCUGAGGAGAACGGCAUCAAGGUGGGCGACCAGGUCCUGGCGGCCAAUGGGGUCAGGUUCGAUGACAUCAGCCAUAGCCAGGCCGUGGAGGUGCUGAAGGGGCAGACGCACAUCAUGUUGACCAUCAAGGAGACUGGCCGGUACCCUGCCUAUAAGGAGAUGGUUUCUGAGUACUGCUGGCUGGAUAGGUUGAGUAAUGGGGUGCUUCAGCAGCUGUCCCUGGCCUCCGAGAGUGGUUCCAGCGUCUCCUCCUAUGCCUCCAGUGCCCCCUGCAGCUCAGGCUCACUGCCCUCUGACCGAAUGGAUGUCUGCCUGGGGCCUGAGGAGCCCACUGGCCAUGGCCCAAGCUGGGGGCGAGCAGACACAGCCAUGCAGACUGAGCCUGAUAUGGGCAGCCGUGUGGAAACUUGGUGCAGCGUCCGGCCAACUGUCAUCCUCAGAGACACAGCCAUCCGCUCUGACGCCCCCUCUUCUACCCGACGCCUUGAUUCUGCACUUUCGGAGUCCCCCAAGACUGCUCUGCUGCUGGCCCUCAGCCGACCCAGGCCUCCCAUCACUCGAUCCCAGAGCCACUUGACCCUGUGGGAGGAGAAGAAGCAGAGGAAGAAGGAGAAGCCAGGAUCCCCUGGGGAAAAGGGGGCCUUGCAGCGCUCCAAGACGCUGAUGAACCUCUUCUUCAAGGGAGGGCGGCAGGGGAGGCCAGCAGGGGAUGGUCACAGAGAGGCCUGGACACUGGACAUCAGGAGCCCCACCAAAGUCCGCCCUCGCCUGGACCUGGAGAAAGCAGGGAGCGUGGGGCCUGUGCAGAAGUUUGUCACCUGGAGACUGAGACGUGACCAGGAGAGGGGCCGGGCCCUGCUCUCUGCCAGGUCUGGAAGCCCCUCUGGCCAGGUGCCCAGUGUAGAUGAGCAGGUGCAGGCCUGGGAAAGUCGACGGCCCCUCAUUCAGGACCUGGCGCGGCGGCUGCUGACCAACGAUGAGGUCCUAGCAGUAACUCGCCACUGCUCCCGAUAUGUCCACGAGGGUGGAGUGGAGGACCUGGUGCGGCCCCUGCUGGCCAUUCUGGACAGGCCCGAGAAGCUGCUGCUGCUGAGGGACAUCAGGAGUGUGGUGGCCCCCACAGACCUCGGCCGCUUCGACAGCAUGGUGAUGCCGGCGGAGCUGGAGGCUUACGAGGCUCUCAAGAGCAGGGCAGUGCGACCUUCUGCUUUGAGACCUACCAGGCAAGACACGCCACCCAAGCGUCACCUCAUCACCCCUGUGCCUGACAGUCGUGGAGGCUUCUACUUGCUGCCAGUGGACGGCUCGGAGAUUGACGAUGGAGAGAUGAGGGAGAGGCUUGGGGGCCUUAAGGUCUCCCUCAGUGCCUCUGCCCCUCGACACCACCACAAAGGAAUCCCUCCUCUCCAAGAUGUGCCAGUUGAUGCCUUCUCUCCUCGCCGGGCAUGCGCACCUCCUCCGCAACCGCCUCCUGUGGCGCCCCGGCCCCCCAGGCCUAACUGGCUACUGACAGAACCCCCAAGCCGAGAGGACCCUCAGCAGAACCAGAACCAGACCCCAGCCCAAAGCCGCAGCCGCAGCCGCAGUCAAGGUCGGGGCAAGGCCCCUGGGCGCAGGCGCUCCCCUUCCCCGGCACAGGUCACUACCGCCACCACAGCCAACGGGCGUUACCACAGGCCUCGGAAGGCAAGGCCCUUGCUUCCACGACCUCUGGAUGGGCAGGUGGCCAAGGUGGAAGCCCGGCAAGGGCCCCUGGAGAAUGGAAUUGGUGGGACAGCGGAGGAAGCAACCAGGAACGCUUCCGCUGGGGAGCUGAGGACAGUGACGCUAUCCAAGAUGAAGCAGUCUUUGGGCAUCAGCAUUUCUGGGGGCAUCGAGUCUAAGGUGCAGCCCAUGGUGAAGAUAGAGAAGAUCUUUCCAGGAGGUGCAGCCUUCCUCUGUGGGGCCCUGCAGGCUGGCUUUGAGCUGGUGGCAGUGGAUGGAGAAAGCCUGGAGCAGGUGACCCACCAGCGAGCUGUGGACACUAUCCGCAGCGCCUAUCGAAACAAGGCUCGGGAACCCAUGGAACUUGUGGUCAGGGUCCCCGGCCCGCUGCCCUUAUCUUCUGACCUCUCAGUGGUUAAGGACCAGAGCCUUCCUGCUGACAGUUUCUCUGCCUGUGGACCCACUGAUGAUACUCCGAUUCCCACCCACCUACCUCCCACUGAGGCUGGACAACUACAGCACGCCCUCAACUCAGCCCUUCAGGCUCCUCAAAGUACCCCUAAAGGCUCCCCUAUUCCCAAGGAUCUGCAUGAGCCUUCCCACUGACCUCAAGUCCCACUGCUGCCUCUGGGUUUCACGCAUAGGCACCUGUCCUAUCUGCCUGGAAGCCAAGAUGCCACACUGGUGCUCUGAUCCACUCAAAAAGGCUCUCUGGCCUUUCAAGAUAAGCUGGGUGUCCAAGGACAAGGUGAUAGUGGACAAGUUGUGUCAUUUGCAGUCCCUAAUCCUGGAGUGCUUCCCAGUGAUGGGACAGAGAAACUCCAGACCUGUAAGAGGUUUAUGAUGCCCCUGGCUCCCUGGACUCUCAACAGUUUAAACUCUGAGUCCUCAAGGAGGCUGCUGCAUCCAUCCCCCAGCCUCAAGCAGUGAAGAGCAGCAUGGCAGGCUUUUCUAGUUCCUCAAACCUCAUUAAGACUCAUGUUGUGGAUCCCCUGAUUCUACUGGGUUAGUCCUCCCAGCACCCUAAGGACUCCAUGAGAGGUAGGUGAGGAGCAGCAAGCAGAGGGGACAGAUGUCAAACAAAUUCCCCUGUCGUUCUUUAUCCAUCAUGUUUUUUUAAAAACUUUUUUUUUUUAAAUUUUUUUCUUUGGGUUUGUACAAGAAAUUUACAGUGUGAAAAAUAUACAAGUGAAAAUGAGGGCCAUAAACCUGGAAUUAGGAAGGGCUGCUUGGUCACAAACACAAAUAAACAAGACAUUGCUGAGUUCU